AUGGUCAUCGCCAAUAACGCCACGGUGAAUCAAAGUAGCUAUGCGGGUAAGGAGCUGCCCCCUAUCGAGGGACUGCAGAUACGAGCACUUGACGACCCGCGCGUGGUUGAGCGUGUUCGCGUCCUAGAUCAGUACUGUCUUGCCGUCAAGUACUCGGACUCCUACUAUGAUACUUACGUGCGGCCGUGCACCCAUCAGUACAAUCAAGUCGCGUUCUAUUAUGAUAUGCUUGUUGGUAGCUGCACGUGUCGUCUGGAGAGCACAUCAAAAGAAAAUGAGUACAGCUUGUACGUUAUGACUAUUGCCGUGCUUGCGCCAUACCGCCGGCUGGGCAUUGGUAGCCGCCUGCUCGACACCAUCUUGAGGAAUGUGGCGAACGAAACCAAGUUCUGCAUCCGAGAGGUAACGCUGCAUGUGCAGGUGGGAUCUGCAGCGAUGAAGUUUUACGAGAGUUUUGGCUUUGAGGUAGUGGAGAAGGUGCCAAACUACUACGCUGACCUUGACGAGUGCGAUGCACUGAAGCUUUGCAAAGUUGUGCCGCAGCUCCAUCCUGGACUGAGGCAACUGCAACGCGCCAAAAGUGGCGGGGUAAAGAACGGAAAGAAAAAGUGA